UAUCUAAUAAUUUGAAAGAACCAUGUCUACACCAAGUAGCAACUUCUUCUUCUUCCUCUUCAUAAUUCUCCUCCUCUUCUUUACCUUUUCUUAUGCUGCUUAUCUCCCCCAACAAGGUUUUCUCGAGGCCACCCUCAACAAGAAUCAACAUCAGGAUGCUGUUGAACCUAAACAAAUUGAAGCAGAAGAGAGCUGCAAAGGACCCAAGGAAAGAGAAUGCCUGGAGAGGAGAACUUUGGCUGCUCAUCUUGAUUAUAUUUACACCCAAAAUCAAAACCCCCAAGGACAAGAGAAUCACUUCUUUUUGGAAAAACAGUAUCAGUUUUUGAAAAAAAAACAAUUUUAUGGUGUUUGUUACACCUCUGAGUGCUAGCCUAUAGGUUGUCUAACCCAUGUAAAUUGCUAUUAUUGUAUUCCUGAUUCACAAGUCUUGACUAUGAUCUACUCUAAGGUUGAGAAAUGUUAA